AUGGCGUCCAGAACCAAAACUGGUUUGAUGGAGACUCCUCGGAGCAAACCAUCUCCACCACCACCAUCUAGAGUGAGCAAACCAACAGGGACUAAAUCCGACGGCAGCUCACCAUCCCCGGUGCACGGCACUCGUCUCUCACUAGACCGUUCCCCACAAAGUGUUAACUCCAAGCCUUCUCCUGAUCGCCGGACUGCAAGAGUCCCUACUCCACCGGAGAAAUCGCAAUCACGGUUAGGGAAGGUAUCUUCUGAGCUACAAGCUCAACUGAAUCAGAUUCAAGAAGAUUUAAAGAAAGCUAACGAGCAAAUAGCAGUGCUCAAGAAAGAUAAAGCUAAAGCUCUUGAUGAUCUUAAAGGAGCUGAGAAACUGAACCAAGAAGCCAAUGAGAAACUUCAAGAAGCUUUGGCAGCUCAGCAGCGUGCUGUGGAGAGUUCAGAGAUCGAGAAAUUCCGUGCGGUUGAGUUAGAGCAGGCGGGGAUCGAAGCGGUUAACGAAAAGGAAAGCUCUUGGAAGAAAGAGGUUGAGUCUGUUAGAAGCCAGCAUGCUUUGGACAUCUCAGCUCUUCUCUCUACCACUGAAGAGCUCCACAGGAUCAAACAAGAGCUGGCUAUGACUGCUGAUGCUAAAAACAAGGCGUUGAGUCAUGCUGAGGAAGCGACAAAGAUUGCUGAGAUUCAAGCUGAGAAGGCGGAGAAUCUUUCUUCUGAGUUAAGCCAGUUGAAGGCACUGAUUGGCUCAGAGGAAGAGAAGAAGGCUAAUGAAGGCGAUGAGGUUGUGUCCAAACUGAAAUCUGAAGUUGAGAUGUUGACAGAGAAGCUUGAGAAAGUUAGCAUCCUUGAAAAUAAGCUGAAGAGUCAAGAAGAGUCCAUCGAACAGCUCCAUGUUGAUCUUGAAGCUGCUAAAAUGAUUGAGUCUUGUGCUAAUAGCUUAGCAGAGGAGUUGAAGAAGGAGGUUGACAAGCUUGAGAAACAAGCUGAGGAAUCAAAUAAGUUGAAGACAUCUGCUUUACAGUCUCUAGAGUCAGCUGUGAAGCAGCUGGAGGAUAACAGUCAUGCGCUGCAUAAGGCAGAGUUGGAUAAUGCUGCGCUAAAAGAAAAGAUUGAGUCGCUGGUGACAGCAAGUGGAAAGCAGGAGAAAGAUCUUGAGGAGUCCCAACGGCAAGUUUUCAUUUUAAAGGAAGAGUCUUCUAAGCUUGAAAAGCUUGUUGAGUCGGUAAAAUCUGAUCUUGAAACCGCUCAAGAGGAAAAGGUUAAAGCUUUGCAGAAUGAAAAGACUGCAACAGCGCAUACUCAGGACCUAUUGAAUGAAAAGAAGGAACUUGCGACAGAGCUGGAAAACUGUAAGAAGGAAGAAGAGAAAAGCAAGAAAGCUAUGGAGAGCUUGAGUCUGGAUUUGCAGGAAGUGUCUAAGGAAGCAAAGGAAGCUCAGGAGAAGCUCUUGACAUGUCAAGCGGAGCUGGAACGUUGUGGAUCUCAGAUUGAAAGUUUAGAGUUGGCUGAGAAGGAGACGAAUGAGAAGUAUGGAAAAAUGCUUGAAGAUGCUAGAGAGGAAAUUGCUAGCCUGAAGAGUAGUUUAGAAGACACUCAGAAUGAGGUUGUAGCUUCGAAGACUGAGUGGGAACAGCGAGAACUUCAUUUGACAGUUUCUGUGAAGAAAUCUGAAGAUGAAAAGCUCUCUGUGCAGGAAGAGCUUCGCAAAGUGGAGAGUUUGCUUAACCUUAAGGAAACUGAGGCGCGUGAAGCAAAAGAAGAAGAAGCCAAAACGAAAAAGGAUAUCAAGGAACUUGAGGAGGAGGUUAAGAAUUUGCAGGAGAGAGUUGGAGAAGUGAAAUCUGAAAGCGUGAAACUAAAAGAAAGCUUGUUAAAGAAAGAAGAAGAGCUAAAGAACGCUGCUGCAGAAAGCAUAAAACUCAAAGAAAUGGAAGUUUCUUCUCUAGAAAAAAUAGAUGAGUUGUCAAAGGUGAAUGAAAGCUUAAAGGAUAAAGAAGCAAAACUGCAAAGCGUUAUUCAAGAAGCAGAGGAGCUCAGAGAGAAGGAGAUUGAUUAUCUCAAGAAGAUUGAAGAGUUGUCAGCAGCGAAAGAGAGCUUGGUCGAGAAGGAAACCAAACUGUUGAGCGUUGUUCAAGAAGCUGAGGAGCUUAGAAGAAGGGAGCUUGAUUGUCUGAAGAAGAUUGAAGAUUUGUCAGCAGUGAAUGAGAGAUUGGCUGAUAAAAAAACCAAACUGCAGAGCUCUGUUCAAGAAACUGAGGUGCUCAAAGAAAGAGAGGCUGUGUAUAUCAAGAAGAUUGAGGAGUUGUCACUGUCGAACGAAAGAUUAGCUGAGAAAGAAGCCAAAGUUCAGACCGUUGUUCAUGAAAACGAAGAGUUGAGAGAGAAGGUGUCUUCUUAUCAUAAGAACAUUGAGGAGUUGUCAAAGGUAAAUGAAACCUUGGCUGAUAGAGAAACCAAACUCCAGAGUUCUACUCGUGAAAACGAAGAGCUUAGAGAAAGGGAAGCUGCUUAUCUUAAGAAAAUUGAAGAGUUAGCGAAGCUGCAAGAAAGUCUUCUUGAUAAAGAGCAUGAGCUUGAUGGCAUGGUCGUUGAGAUUGAGGACCUUAAAGCCAAGGACUCUCUUGCCCAAAAGAAGAUUGAAGAGCUAUCACAUCUAAGUAAGAGCCUGCACGUGAAAGAGAGUGAGUUACAGGAUGUUGUUUGCGAAAACGAGAAGCUCAAAUCCAAAGAGGCUUCAUCACUUAAGACGAUGGAGGAGUUGUCUGAUCUGAAACAAAGUUUGGCUGAUAAAGAAGAUGAGCUGAAGACUGCCAUUGUCGAAAACGAGAAGCUCAAAUCCAAAGAGGCUUCAUCACUUAAGACAAUAGAGGAGCUGUCUGAUCUUAAACAGAUUUUGGCUGAUAAAGAAAAUGAGCUGAAGACUGCCAUUGUCGAAAACGAGAAGCUCAAGGCCAAAGCUGCCUCAUCUGUUGAGAAGAUUGAAGAGUUGACAAAUCUUAAACAGAGCUUACUUGAUAAAGAGAAGGAGUUGGAGAGUGUCUUCCAUGAAAACGAGGAGCUUAAGGUCAAGGAGGCAUCAUCUCUGAAAAAGAUUGAUGAGCUGUUGCAUCUCGAGCAGAGUUGGCUUGAGAAGGAGAAUGAAUUUCAGAGAGUCAAUCAAGAAAAUCAAGAGCUAAAGGUGCAGGAAGCUUCAGCGGCAAAGAAGAUAGAGGAGUUGUCAAAGAUGAAAGAGAGUCUUCUUGACAAAGAAACAGAGUUGCAGGCCAAGGAAGCUUCCGCGCUUAAGAAGAUCGAAGAGCUGUCGUCAAAGCUGUUAGAGAAAGCUUCUUCCACACAAGAGAAACCAGAUGAGAAUGGGAAGCACAGUGUCAUCGAAAAAGACUAUGACUUGCUACCGAAAGCUGUAGAAUCUUUACAAGAAAAUGGUUCCACCUAUCCUUCUCACCACAGAAUCGGAGAACAACAAGGACAAGAAAGUCCAAUGGAAGCCAUUGAUAAAGAUUUGAAAGAUGGAGCGGCUGGGAGAGGAGAGAAAGACAAAGACUCCAUGGAAGGAGAGUUCAGGAUUUGGGAAGGCUACCAUAGAGAAAAGAGAGAAGGUUCUUCAGAGAGAGAGACAGAGCAUGACUUUGCUGAAGAGGAAGAUGAAUCGAAAGCAGAAGGAAGUGAGAACUUUGAUCAGUUGAGCAAUGGCUUGUCUUCUGCAGAACAAGGAGAAGAUUCUGGAAAUCUUCUGCUCUCAAAGGAACAGCAGCAGAAAAAGAAAAAGCCUUUGCUCCGAAAGUUUGGAAAUUUGCUGAAAAAGAAGAGUACAAGCAGCAGCAGCCACAAAUAG